AUGGCCCUCACGCAGACGGUCACCAUCAUCAACAACUCGGGCAAAAUCAUAAGUACCGGAAAACACCUGGCUGGUAUCUUCAAGGAAGCCAAGGCGUCUUACCAGGAGAAGAAGGCUGCCAUCAAGGCCGACCGCGAGUUCCUCAAGCGCGCCCAAACCUUCGACACAGCACGCGAUCCUCCUCCCGAGGCCUUCGAUCGCCGCUACUCGCACGAUGAUGGCCGCUCUGUAGCCAGCUCCAGGAGGAGCCAUCGCUCCUCACGCUACCACGACCACGAUGUGGAAUACUCCCCACGACGGGCCCUGACCGAAAACAACCUCAAGACACACUCUGAAGUCUCGAGUGUCACGCCAUCGAGGGCACCGCCCCCUACCGCAUACCGAGUCCCCUAUGCAGAGACCGCUCCUCGUGAUAUGGCUAUGAGCCGCCCGGCCAUGCAUCACUAUACGACUGCACCGACGUGUAGCGAGAGCCUCGCAGACUCGGCAACCAUCCGCGGCUCCAUGGUUCCCCGUACCAUGUCAGCGCCAGUGAUGGCCAAAGCCCACAAGGAGAAAGAUAUUGACAUGGACCUCGCCUAUGGCAACAUUCCCCCCGACCUGCAAGAUCGCACCGACCUGGACCCCUCGAACAAGGAAAAGGAGGCCAAGACUCUUGUCGCCAGGGUCGAGGAGCUUCUCGAUGAAGCCAAGUGCGUGCACCACUCAGCUACUGCUACCAUCGCCCAUCUCCAGGGAAACCCCGAUGCUGCCGCGGCUGUCGCUCUGACUCUUGCCGAGCUGUCCACGCUCUUGAAGCAAAUGUCGCCUGCAUUCUUAUCCGUCAUCAAGGGAGGCUCGCCCGCCGUUUUCGCACUCCUCGCUUCACCGCAGUUUCUCAUUGCAGCGGGUGCGAGCAUCGGUCUCACCGUGGUUAUGUUCGGCGGAUGGAAGAUUGUGAAGCAGAUCAAGGAUGCGCAAGCCCAGAGACAGGCGGCUAUCGCCAACGCCAUCGCAUUCGAGGCUCAACCGGCACCGCAGCCCAUCGAGUACGACUACCCCCCAGAACAGUACGAUCCGUACGCCCAGCCUCGGGAAGGCAGUGUCGCCUAUGAGGAGGCAUACGUCCUCGACCCCCGUCUUGAUGAGGAGCUAAGCUCCAUCGAGAGCUGGCGGCGCGGCAUCGCGCCUUUUGGCGAGGACGAGAGCGCCGACAUGGAGCUCAUCAGCCCUGAAGCCGCGCGUUCCAUCCGCGGAGACCCAGAUACCCGCACGGAGCGGAGUUUCCGUACGCAACGCAGCUCCAAGACGCACCGUAGCUCCAGAACGGAGAGAACGGACAGGACCGAAAGGACUGAGAAGUCGUCCCGGUCGCACCGUAGCAUGCGCGAGUCGGAGAUCCCCGAGCGCAAGAGCAGCAUUGCGAGGUCCGAGAAGGAUGCUGAGAGCGUCGCCAGCAGCCACCGCAGCCACCGAAGCUCCAAGUCGAAGCGCAGUGAGCGUGCGUCGACGCUGGCCAUCGAAGAUGGCAGCCGCCAGAAGGGUGACGAGGCUAUCGAGGCGGUCUUGCGGCCGAAGAAGAACAACAUGCUCAAGUCUCUGUUCAAGAAGAAGGAGAGGGAGCACAGAGAAAGAGAUGAGCGGGUGUCUGCGUUGGUGUUUUGA